GGUGCUCAUUCGUUCAUUAUCAGCAAACUAUCUCACCACCCAUCCCUUUCAACUCUGUGCUUAACUUAAAGACAUUAAUCAACAAGCGUUCAACUUCGAUUUACGAACAGAGCUACUAUCAUUUCAGCGCAACAAAAAGCUACAUGAAUAUGCCCGAUCCUACUCAGCUAGAACCAACUCACUGCGAUGUCGAAUCACAGCUCGACGAUGAUCAGAAUGAACUUCGAGAAAGAACCAAGCAAUCAAGAAUGACAAGCAACACUUCGUACAGCUCUCAUCACCUUUCUCGACCAGAGAGUCGUGAACAAUUACGAUCUGGUAGUAACCUCUCUGUCCUCAGCGGACCUAAAUCAAUCAGUACUCGAUCUUCGCGAGCUCACUUGGACCAAACUUCUUAUGACGAAAGCGAAGCGUACGGUAAUUCUUCGGUGCGAAGAAAACCAAAGGGAGCUCACGGAAGUGUCAACUCACUUAGUUUUGCCGAUAGUCAUUCCAGCAUCUCCACCGGAGGCGCGAGUCGUCAAUCACUCGCCUUCGAACUUGCUGCUGCCAUGGACCCAACAGAGACCGACCAAUCCAGUAUCCUUGAUUCACUCGGUCUUGGUGAUGAUGAUGAUGAAGAAGAAGAAAUCGGAUAUGAAGAAGAAGAAGAGAAUGAAGAAGAGAUAGGCGACUACACUAUGCGGGAAGAGGCAGAUGAAAAGGAAGAAGUUGGAUCUACGACCGAUCAGAGACGACGAAAAGCGUCAAUGGAGUCUCACGCCACCCGCUCAAGUGGCUGGGCUAAUGCUUCACCUGGUUGGCACGAUGGCAAAGGAUCAGACUCCUCACCUGGCAAGUCGCUUAUAAACGCUGAUAGACAGCUGACGCCCACCAGACACACUCGAAAAUCAUCACGCUCAACUAUCCUCACAACCGCACCUAGCCCUCACAAAUCUCUGUCUUUCGAAAUGGCUGACGAAUUUGCGGAGGAAGCACAGAGAAACGUCGAAAAUUUUGACGAAGGCGAUUCUUAUGAGUCAGAUAGUUCAGAUGCUGAGGAAAGAGCAAGAGUCGUCUUGGAAGCCGGUUUGGUCUCAACGGCUCAUUUCUUAACCAUCUUGAAACAGUCCAACACCGAUUACAAUCCGCCACCUGCAGGGCUUGCUCCCCCCUCGAAUGCGAAGGAAACAACAUCUGAUCGACAACCUGCUGUUGAAAAAUUGAUUUCCGAAAUUGUUCGUACGAUGACCGAGAGUGUGAGAGAUCGAGAAGCGCAAAUUCGAGAACUGAAGGAAAUCGAAGUAGCUCUAUCACAUACAGAUCGAAGAGCGCUAGCUGAAGUGGACUCACUACCUAUGAUUCUUCAGGAUAUCGACUUUCGAACAUACAUUGUUGGAAAAAAAACUGGAGAGCUCAAUGAGGAUUACUCAAGCGCUGAUCAAAAUCAGCCGGAAAAUGAGUUAGAAACACUUGAAGAAGAACACGUUUCCGGUGACGGUCAAAUCACACCAUUGGCUCAUCGUAGUAGCGCCCAAAACCUCAGACUUGCUUCAGAAGAAUCGUUCGACCUUCUAGGGCAGGAGAAGCGUGGUGACGCUGGUCCGCAAACUACUCCGAUGAACCAUUUGAACCAACUCAAGCUAGUAACAACCAGUUUAAUCAACUCACUGAAUAUCAUCAAUGAACACACUCAAGUCAGUCGACAAACUCAAACCGAUGUGGUUCGGAAACUCAAAGGUGUCCGCGGACUUGUUACUAAUUGGAAAGCGGACCAUGAGAGUCUUGAACAGAGUAAAGAUCAUAUUGCACGAUGGGAAACUGAACUUGAGUUACAUAAUCAGGACAAUCCAUCAUUUGGAAAAGUUCGUGGAAAGUUUGAAGUGCAGAUCAAAUUGGCUACUGAGGAAGCUGAAAAACUUUUAGAUGAAGCCUCGGAGCGUGCACGCACUCUACUCCUUCCAGCUACAAUUCCAGCUUAAGAAUUCUUUCUUGCAUGUUAUGUCGUCAUUGUUAUUGAAUUUUUUUACGUUUUUUGAAGGGUGGAGUUUAUGGUACCAUGAUGGUAGUUUUUUUCGGAUAGACAUUUGUGUGCGUGUGCUUGUGUGAGCGUGAGUGUGUAUGUGGGUCUACUUCUUAUCAAUGGCAAUAUUCUUCAACAUCAUGGUAAUUUUCGUCACAGGAGCUUCGAUGGUCUAUUUUUUGCUUUUAUGUUUUUUGAUCCUGCUUGCAUUUUCAUUUUUUGAUAUUCUGGUUUGAUCUGUUUCAAUCUCAAUCAUUUCUAUAUACAUAUAUAGUAUAUAUGAUCAAGUUUCAUUUUACCUUGCUGUUAUUGUUAUCACGUAUGUUUUUUGGUUAUUGUCCUCCAGUAUUAGAAGGGUUUAGAUAGAAAUGAUGGUAUACUUACUGUCAUGGUGGGUUGGAUAAUGCGGAAUGUCAUCAUAUUCAUAGAUGUGUGACUUUGUAGGCAUCUGUUUCAUCUGAUUUCUAUAAAUGCUCACCAGCUAGACACAUUGAUGU